AAGAAGCACUGCGGUGGAGGGAGGAUGAGGGAAGCCUAGAAACAUGGAAUCGCACAUCUCUUAAUGCUGGAGCUCUCUGUCGCUGGAUAUUUUUUUGUCAAUGAUUUGGGGGAAAUUACAAACUUCGAGGGUUCAAUGAUGUUAUUCUCAGACUGGACUAUCUCAGCCGUCAAUUUUGCGCUUCUGUUAGGAAUAUCGUGUCAGACCGUCAUCUGCGAUCUCACCAAGGGCUCUCCGGACUUUGCAGGCUACCUGUCCAAAGUGUUGAGGAACUACACAGAACAGGCCUGUGACGGAGACUUCCUGUCUGUUCGUUGUCCACCCCGUACAACCAUAACUGUCCAAUCAGCUUUCUAUGGUAGAAAAGGUCCCUCAGAUCCUCAGCAGUGCCCUCCGACCUACCAGGCACUCCUGAGCUCCUAUAGUUCCCAGGAGGAUGAUCAAUAUUGUUCCGUGUCCACAGCACUACAGAAAAUGCUGGACGAGUGCCAAGACAGAAGGAGCUGUCAAGUCCUUGUCAACAGCCGUGUAUUUGGGACAGACCAGUGUCCUGGUAGCAGUAAAUACCUCAUUGUCUGGUACAAAUGCAGACCAAAUGAGUAUAAAAGUAAGGUUGUCUGUGAGGAGGAAGAGAUGAGGCUCAACUGCAAGGAGGGUAUGCAGAUUUCUGUUUACUCUGCCAUGUUUGGUCGAACUCAGCGAGGCACGCUGGAGUGCCCCCCCCACUUCAGAAGGGCACCAUCAGUAGAUUGCCAUUCAGGUAAAGCCCUGCAGGUUCUCACAGCUCGCUGCCAGGGAAAGAAAAACUGUCGGGUCCAAGCCUCCUCCAAAGAAUUUGGUGAUCCAUGCUAUGCUGGCACCAGAAAGUACCUCAGUGUCAUCUACACAUGUGUACCAAAGAGGCUGCUCCAGGAGUCAGGGCAUAAACCACCAGUGUGCCAUUCACCCCCUGCCACCCGUGACCCCAAUGUAGUGGGAGACGGCCCUUCUGGAGGAAGUUCAGUCCAAAGCACUGUUCCAACUCGGAGCCCCGACAAGAAGAAACCAUCUGAAACCAGAACAGGCAGAGGAAACAGUCCAUCACAGCCACCAGGCAUGAAUCCUGUGAUCAACUCCACUUCCAGAGUCAACAUGGCCCUCAUCAGCAAUGCACUGGCAGCAUACACCUACAUAUCAGACCAUCCAGAAAGGGCUGCACUAUUCUUCGUCUGCGGUGUAUGUCUGGGCCUCUUUCUCACCCUCUUCGCCCUGGUGGUCCAGAUCUCCUGUCGCACAGACUGCCGGUCUCGCCAGCAGCCAACCGUUAAGAAGCCGCCUCGCCCCGCCCACUCGUCCUCGGACUCCAGCGACUCAGACUCAGACUGGGAAACCACGUCGGACCUGUCGGCGCGAAGGCACAGGCGCUUUGAGCGCACACUCAACAUGAACGUGUUCACGUCAGCAGAGGAGCUAGAGAGAGCCCAGCGACUCGAGGAAAGGGAGCGAAUCAUACGGGAGAUCUGGAUGAAUGGGCAGCCAGACAUCCCAGGGACACGGAGCCUCAAUCGCUAUUAUUGAGCACCAGCUUAGCUUGUUCUUAUUGAAGGCUUCCUUGACUUGAACCAAAUCUAGGAUGCACUUGGUUAUGAGGGCAGGGACCAGACAAGGCCCACAUUGAGCUUUGAGAGCAAGCAUGCAAAGGCAGCUGUGAACUCUGAGAACAGAGGGAGGUUUUGCAGGCUUGCAGGCUGUUUUGCAUGUUCCACUGGGUAUCAUAAGCUGCACCCCCUUGAAUCAAACAAUCAGCUUGUGCUCUGCAUUGCAAGCUUACCUCAUAGCUCGACCUACUGCCGGAAGUGAGGGGUGAAAGGCUAAACUGACUCUUCGUUGACCUCAGUAGGCAUUUUUGAAGUGGGGAUUUAUGGAGAGACUACAUGGAGACUGAAGGACCAUGGCCUCAGAGGGGUCUAUUCUUCACAGAACACAUGGCAGCUGGAUGAGACUGUGAAACGUUGAGCUUUAGGCUCUGUACUCUCCAGUAUUUAGUAUGAACUCUAACAAAAAAAAGUGCGCUUGACAAUGAGAUGAAUUAAGACAAUCGUUCCACAGUGAACCAUGCUGCCUUUGAGCUUCAUAAAACCAAAAGAUUUUGUGUGUGCUAGGGAUUCAUCUCAACCCUUAUGAAAUGUAUUUUAUAAUAUUUAAUAGAUAAUGAUGUUGUGUACUUUUUACUCAAGUAUGGUUUAUUUUGAAAGAUUUUUAUACUUGGCAAAAGUUGUCUGGCAACUCAGGGAUGCAAUCCUAGUGUUUCUGUGUUUGGCUGAUAUGCUUUCUUCCUAAGAAGGGAGUCAUCAGCAGACCAAAUAAGUUCUUUUUUAAAGGCAUUGAAAGAAAAGAAGUAGAAAUAUGAUGCAAAGAGCCUCCAAGAGGUUGUUAGUGAUUUAUAACCAUAUUUUUGAUACAAUUCACAGUGCAGUGCCUUUCUAGCUAUUAUGACACAGUUGGUAUUUGUUAAAUGUUUAAAACAGGUAAGCUAAUUAAUUGGAAAUACUUAAUUUGCAUGACACUUUUACAAUACAGUUGGAAUGGUAAGGUGAAGCUCGUGUGAAAUCUGAAUGUCAGUCAGUCAGUCAUUUUCUACCGCUUAUUCCAUAGUGGGUCGCGGGGGAGCUGGUGCCUAUCUCCAGCAGUCUAUGGGCGAGAGGCAGGGUACACCCUGGACAGGUCGCCAGUCCAUCGCAGGAAAUCUGAAUGUUUCUAUUAAAUAUUGCACUUGCUAUGUACGCUGAUGAAAAUGUAAAUUACAAGAAUAUGCCAGUUUUGUACCAGUGGUGUUGCUUGAAAUGACUUUUUUUUUUUUUUUUUGCUCCUCACUGGUCAAAGAUUGUGUGGACUGCAGGGCUACUGCCAGUAUGACCUUAUUUUAAAGCUAGUGGUCCUGAGCAGAUGUUUGUGGCCCACUCAGGGCCAUCUGAAGAAGGAACCAUCUCUGCACAAUAAACAAGUGGGAUGUGUCAGAGUAAAUUAGAAUGCCGUUGAAAAGUUUAUUUGUUUAAGUCAUGCCAUUCAAAACGUGAAAUUUAUAUAUAUUAUAUAGAUUUAUUGCACACGGAGUGACUUAUUUCAAAUGUUUAUUUCUGUUCAUUUUAAUUAUUAUAACUUACAGCUAAUGAAUAAAACAAUAUUUGGGUUUUGGGUUGAAGAGAUAAGGCCAAUAAAAGCAGCAUGUUUUCAUGAUAUGGUUUACACAAUGCUGGGAAUGACUACUGGCUGUGCAGAGACUGCUGUAUCCAAGCAUAUUAAUAGAAAGUUUAGUGGAGGGAAAACAUGUAUUAGAAAAAGGUGCAUAACCAGCAUGGGUAACCACAGCCUUAAGUAAAGUCCAUUUAAGAGUUUAGGGACAAUUGACAAGACAUGGAGUGUGGCUAUCUGUGCUUCAAGAGCUAAUGCACACAGACAUGCCAUAGACAUGGGCUACAACUGUAACAUUCCUCAGAUCGUCAAGAGGAAGAUGACAGACAUCAGACAAUGCAGACGAGCAGAAGGCCACACUUGAAGUAUCCUGGGCUUCCUUAACAUCUUAACAGUAGCAAAUACUGAUUACCUGCAUGUUGCUUCAUACUGAGGCAAUUAUUCAUGCAAAAGAAGCUCUGACCAAGUAUUAAGUGCAUUUUUGCAUAAAACAUGGACAUACAUUCCCUUAGGCUGACAUUUUUGUGUAGGAAUAACCCUGUUUUAAUGGGUCCCAUUUCAUUUUCAAAUUUUCUGAGAAAGUGAAUUUUAGAUUUUCAUUAGCUGUAAGCUGUAAGCAUCUAAAUAAACAAGAAUAAACUCUUGCUUUUGAGUUGAAGUACUGAAAUAAAUUAGCUGUUGAUGGUAUCUAAUUUACUGAGAUACACCUACUGAGCUGACACAUAAACUGCUUUUGUUUUUCAGUGACUUUGCCAGUUUCAUAACAUAAGCUACUGCCAGUUUCGUUAGGGCGUUGUAAUCUUUUUAGUUACAGAACACACAAAACAUUUCAGAAUCAUUCUUAUAAAGGACCAUUCUACAUGGAAUAUUUUGCCUACAUGGGGAAAAAAAUAAACUUUACUAUUUGUAAGACUAAAAUAUGACUUCUGUACCUGAAAUAAACUGUGUUCAAAUUAA